AUGAAGAAGUACAGGGAAUACCUCGCGUUGCUGUACAAAAAGUAUAAAACAUUCAAAGAGGAGUUCACAGCUAUAUUAAAUUGGCCGUUGAUGCCAACGGAGUUUGAAGCUGCCUGGGCUGAACUCAUGCACAAGUACAACCUGGAGAAAGACCAGAUGAUGAUACAGCUGUGGAGUGAUUGGAAAAUGUGGAUUUCAGCAUAUUACAAGAACAUUUUCUGUGCUAGAAUGACUUCCACACAACGAAGCGAGAGCAUGAACCACGUGCUCAAGAAAGGGUUUGUCAAGGGGACCCAGAACCUGCACAAGUUUGCUAGGCGGGUAAAUGCUUGCAUACAAACUCGGAUGCAGAAGGAGAACGAGCAGACAAUGACCAGCAUGACCAAUCCUGUGACAAAAACAGCUUACGGCUACGAGGAAGACAUGUCUAUCAAGUACACAAGAGCCGUGUACACCGAGAUGAGGACUAGGAUGAGAAAAGCCACGCUAUUUCGCGCAAAACCUACAGCAGAGCCCACUAAGUACCUUGUGUACUACCACAACAAGGUUGGUCAUGAUGAUGAAGAAAGAUUUUCCUGGUCAAAGCAUGAAUUCCAGGUUGUAGCUGACCCAGAGAAUGAAAUAUACGAGUGUGAAUGCAAGCUUUGGACACACACAGGCAUGUUCUGCCUUCACAUCAUGAACAUACUAGACUACCUGAAGCCUGACAAAUUUCCACCCAAGUAUAUCCUAAAAAGGUACACAAAGACUGCAAGAUCACAACCAACAUUUGAUACAAGGGACUACUACACAACUGCAUCGGAUGGCAGCUCAAGACUAUCGAAGCAAGGCACCUUGCUGCAGCUAAAUUUGAUGGUUAACAAGAAAGCGAUGAGAUGUGACCAGCAAUAUGACAAAACCUUCUAUGUUCUCAAGAGGCUCGUGGAAGAGCUUGAUGCAAUACAUUCAGCAAAUCGAGCGAAUGCUGACGAAAGGAUGGCUGAAGAAGAUGCUGAAAUUGAAGAUGACCUUCAUUAUUAUGAAGCUGAAAAGCUCCAGACAGCUGCUCAAGCAAACCAAUGCAAGCAGGAUGUUGACCAAUUAUUGCAGCAACGGCAGGAGCAGACAAUGAAACUGUCGCUCUACUCUGAAACAAAGGGUAGGAAGAAAAUUUCUGCAGCUAUGAAAAGUGACAAAAGAGCUCAAAUAAGGGCACAACCUCAGCCUGUGUCUUCCACUUCAUACAAAAACAAAAGUCAACACGUCAGAAAAGAAAUGAAGGAACAUGGGAACAAAGAUAUACAAGACAAUACCAGAAGUUCAAGUUAA